UUGUGGCAGAUAGGUUUUGUAGUUUCUGCCAAGCGGGUACUGUGACUACUGUCACUGAAACAACACAGUUAGUCUCUCCCACCACAUUUAGAGAGGGAGAGAGAGAGAGAGAGAGAGAGAGAGAGAAAGUGCAACUGUGUAUUAAUAAAGACUCCCACCACAUUUCGUGCUUGAGGGAUCAUUUUGAUUUUGAGAUCAUCCACUUUCGCUGGAGAUUCCAAGCAGGUUUUUAAGGAGAAAGAGAAGCAAUGAUGUUGCAGAGGAAUAUCAACCUUCGCGGUUUGGUUUUCUUUUCAAGAUAUGGUCACUCGUUUUCCAAGUUCUUUACAUCUCAGGCGGCUGCUUCUUUGCAAUCAGUGGGUGACCCUGCUACUUACAGGGGAGAUGAUGAAUAUGCUGAUUUGAACUGGGAUGACCUCGGAUACGGUCUUGUGCCCACCGAUUAUAUGUACAUGAUGAAAUGUUCAGAUAAUGAGAAGUUCUCACCUGGUGAACUCAGUCGCUUUGGUAAGAUUGAGUUGAGCCCAGCAUCAGGAAUCUUAAAUCAUGCGCAGGGACUGUUUGAAGGUCUAAAAGCUUACCCGAAAGAAGAUGGUCGUGUGCUUCUGUUUCGCCCGGAACAGAAUGCUAUGCGUACGAAGAUGGGUGCCGAGAGAAUGUGCAUGACGUCACCCUCUAUUGAGCAAUUUGUUGAUGCAGUGAAGCAAAUGGCUCUUGCCAACAAGUGUUGGGUUCCACCUCCAGGGAAGGGGUCUUUGUAUCUUCGGCCUUUGCUUAUGGGAAGUGGAGCUAUGCUGGGUUUGGCACCAGCUCCUGAAUACACAUUCGUCAUAUAUGCUUCACCUGUUGGCAAUUAUUUCAAAUUAGAAGGUUUGGCUCCCAUCAACUUGCUUGUGGAAGAUGAAUAUCAUCAUGCCACUGCCACUGCCACCCCUGGUGGAACUGGAGGUGUGAAAUCCAUAUCCAACUAUGCGCCGGUUCUGAAAGCACAAACUCGGGCAAAGAGUAACGGAUUUUCUGAUGUUUUAUUCCUAGACUCCGUGACAAAGAAACAUCUGGAGGAGGUCGCUUCUUGUAAUGUUUUUGUGACCAAGGAUAAAAAUAUUUCAACACCUACCACACGUGGAACUAUUUUGCCUGGAAUCACAAGAAAAAGCAUCAUCCACAUUGCUAGUGAUCAUGGAUACCAGGUUGAGGAACGCCCUAUUCGAGUGGAGGAAUUGUUUGAAGCCGAUGAAGUUUUCUGCACAGGAACUGCAGUUGUCAUGGCUCCGGUAGGCAGUAUUACAUAUCAGGGAAAAAGGGCUGAAUACAGAACUGGAGAUGGGUGCGUGUCUUGGAAAUUAUACUCAACCCUUACCGGCAUCCAGAGGGGACUCAUAGAGGACAAAAUGGGUUGGACUGUUGAGUUUGAUUAAGCUCUUCUCCCUUCUCAUGUAGAAAGAACUUCUAGAUGGGGAUUCACAUUUUGUAUUUCUGUCUUAAAUCAGUAACUGAUGACUGCUUGUUUGUUCUUAUUUGUGUUUACAAGUGGUUUAGUCUUACUUAUCGGAUAUAAGUGCAUGUGUCCAA